CCACACCCACACACACACUCAUUUCUCCCUCCUUGGCAGGAAGGACUCUCCUAUGAACCAGACGACAGCGUGUGCCUCUCUCCUUUUCUUCUGCUGGCAGGUGUUUGAAAUAAAACCAUAAAUAAGUGCAAGAGGGAGCCAGAGACAGCGCGAAAGAGAACGACAAAUGUCUGUCUUCAUUUUUUGCUGGAAAGAGCGGGAAAUAUGAGGGAAAAGGAAUGAUAUGGAGGAGAAAUCUGUAUUUUUGAGUAGCUAGAACAGUUAUUAGGGUUUUAUUUGUCUACUGUCAACUAUUUUUGUGUGUGAAGGGGAUUGAAGAGAACACUUGGAUCAUCUUCGCUCAAGAGGCAACGUCGUGAGUUUGAGUGCAGCUGAGCGGAAACAAAGCAACCGAGAGGAACACAAGGCAGUCAUGGACACUAUAACACCUCAGCCACAAUCCUGGAUGACUUGGAUUCGCACACUGGAGUUGGACCCUAUCCAGCCCACACUCCACCGAUACAAAUGAGUACCCAUGUGCCUCUUGAGCCAUGCUCCCCGGCUAUGGAUUCUCUCCUGUCCUUGAUUUCCAGCCUCACCUCCAAGUGUUCCAUUGCAGAGGCGAGAGCUCUGACAUGUGGUUCCCAGGCUCAGUUGAGACCCAGGCUCUGAGCGACUCUAGGGAAGGCAGGCCUCUCCUGCGACAGCAUCAACACAUUGCUGUGUGUCAGCAAGAGACGUUGGCCUUCAUUGACCUUCAACAGCCAAGCGUUAAUGGUUUCCAAUCACACACACUGGAAAAUUGUAGUUCCUCUCUUUGCUCCAAGCCUGUCAGAUGCAAUGGAAAUGGUCCAUCUGAUUUUGUCGAGAAUGGGAGUACAGACACAACACUGGACAAUUAUUUGACCCAGGAUACCAAUAAUGUGGAAGGGGUUCAGGAUCAGAUGUGGACACCCAUUACUGUUUUACCUGAAACAGUUUAUGAAAAACCUGAACCAGGAGUUAAGGGUCUCAGUUCUCGAGACUUGUUUCUGCCUCUAUCCCCUACAUAUGAACCUGAGAACAGGAACUCUUUGGAGCCUCAGCAGCUAAGCUCCCCCCCUUCCCCCUUAGAUUUCCAGAGUCUGGACCCAUUUCGCCUUCAAAGACGCACCUCUUUGGGAUCCAUAAAGGAGAAGUCCAUAAGGCGAAAGAUGAGGGUGUACUCUCCAGACACUCUGAGUGAUGAGUCUCUUAGCAGCCCAGGUGUGGAGUGUGAUUACCUGCUUCCAACAUCCUUCGAAUCAUUCGUAGAAGGAGGCCUUGGUAUGGUGGGUUCUACCAUACCCACAUCCCAUAGUUCCAGCUCUCUCCCAGGGGUAGAUGAGGACCUCUCUCUUCUUACCAUACCAAUGCCUCCAAAACCUUUCUUAGACCCCCCUCAGGAGGAUGCCAGAUCGGAGGGGGGCGUAAAUGAUGGGGGGAGGCAGAGGUUGGGCUUGGAGGACUGUGGUUCUCUGGAAGGCCCUGCCCUUAACGGUGGGACCUCACUGCCUCUGUCCCGUUCUCGCUCAGCAGACGAGCGCCGGCGCUUCUCUGCCUCUGAGCUCAUCUCUCGUCUACAACUCUCCCAGAGGAAAAACUCUUUUACCCUUAAGCUGGGCAAGUCUCUUUCUGCUCGUGUGGCCUCCCGGGACCGCCACCUGUCUGGAAACCUCAGCUCAGACUACAAACCCAACUCCAGACAUCGCUUCUCAGGGGGAUCAGGUGACAGUGCACCACAUAGUCCAGUGGGGUCUGCACCACCUCUGCCCUCUGCUGACUGUAAUCUGCCACAGCAAAAGAGGAGUUCCAAGCAACGUAUGAGAAAGGUUUCCAUUGAUGAGGAUGGAGACAGUCCUCCCAGUAGCUCUAAACGCCUAUCACGCUUCUUGCCGAACUUGAUUUUGUAUCAGGAAUACAGUGAUGUUGCUAUUAACAGAGAGAUAAAGAGGCAGCAGGGGGCGGAGCCAGGAACCGAUGAAGAAAGAGGAGACUCUGUGUCCUCUUGCAACCUGUCCCCAUCCAGUUCAUUCCGCUCAUCUCAAGGCUCCGCCUUUUCCCUUUGGCAGGAUAUUCCUGAUGUUCGGUCCAGUGGACAACUUGACAACUUCAGCAAUGAAGAGCGUAAACUGCAGGAGGCCAAGUUUGAGUUGGUGACGUCAGAGGCCUCAUACAUACGCAGCUUGUCUAUUGUAGUUGACCAUUUUAUGAUGUCUCCUGAGCUGUGUGAGUGUCUUGGGACACAGGAGAGGCAGUGGCUUUUCUCUAAACUGCCUGAUGUGAAAGAAGUCAGUGAGAGAUUUCUUCAAGAUUUGGAGCAUAGGUUAGAAGGGGACAUUCUGCGUUUUGAUGUGUGUGACAUUGUCCUUGACCACUGUCUUGCACUGCGGCGGGUUUAUCUGCCUUAUGUCACCAAUCAAGCCUAUCAGGAACAGACCUAUCAGCGGCUACUGCAAGAGAAUCCCCGUUUCCCUGGAAUCCUUGCCCGCCUGGAAGAGGACCCAGUAUGCCAGAGGCUGCCUCUUACAUCAUUCCUUAUCCUUCCUUUUCAAAGGAUCACACGCCUCAAAAUGCUAGUGGAGAAUAUCCUAAAGAGAACAACGCCUGUAUCACGAGAUGAGGACACUGCCACCAAAGCACUUAAUGAGCUUAAAAAGAUUAUAAAGGAAUGUAACUCCAGUGUGCAGUCCAUGAAGAGGAUGGAAGAACUAAUUCAUCUAAACAAGAAAAUUCACUUUGAGGGCAAGAUUUUUCCUCUCAUCUCUCAGUCUCGCUGGCUGGUCAAACAUGGUGAACUGCUAGAAGUGGACACACAGAACUUGAAUAUUUCUGGGUCUAAGUUUAAACUUACCACUCGGCCUGUGUACCUUCACCUGUUUAAUGACUGUCUUCUGUUGUCCAGAAGGAAGGACACGUGGAAGUUCAUGGUGUUUGUACAUGCAAAGAUUGAAGACCUCAAGGUGAAAGAUCUAAGCCAGAAACUUCAGGGAAUCUCAGGCUUCAUCUUCUAUCUGCAGUUAUGUGAGGGACAACAGCUAAAACACCAGAUCCUGCUCAAGUCACCCACAGAGAGCAGCAAACAGAGGUGGAUAACAGCUAUGUUUCCCUCCGAUUCAAAGACAGCUAUUGCGCAGACCAAUGAAAAUGAUGAUCUAUCUCAAGUCCAGUGCAUAAAGAGCUACCAGUCUCAGGAGCAUGAUGAGUUAACGCUGGAGAAGGCAGACAUCCUUCAAGCUGUAACAAUUACAAGUGAUGGGUGGGUAGAGGGGAUCCGGUUGUCGGAUGGAGAGAGGGGCUGGUUCCCCAAAACGUACGUGGAGGAGAUCACAAGCCGCAGUGCUCGUUUGCGAAACCUCCGUGAAAACAUUCGCAUUAAAUGUGUCUCACAAAAAUUAGAGGGAGAGACUCUCUGAGACCUUGAAGUAUGGGACAUUGUUUUACCUAAAGCUUGUUGUAUCAUCUGGUUUACCAAACCAGAGAAAAUUUGUGAGUCACUGCAAAUUUGUGUGAAUAUUUCAGAUUUCCAUGGCUAACAUUUUAGCUGUAGUAAGGUAUGCUGUAAAAAUCUAAAAUUUAUUGCAGAUAGGAUGAAUAAAACUAUGCAUCGCAUCUAUGGAGGACUAGAG